GGUGAGUUAAAGGGGAUUGUGAAUGCAGGCUGUGAUAAGGCUUUUAUUCCAGAUCCAUAGCCGCUCUGGAGCUUUCCUAAAUCUGCUUUAGAAUGGAGUGUGAAACGACUCAGACGUGCCUGUUCCUGGCAGGGCUGCGCUCUCUGCUCACUGUUCAUGAAGUCCUUCUUCAGUGGGCUGCAGAUUUCACUUGGCUGACUAGGUUCAGAAUGAGUGUAAGCUAGCUGGCUGAACAGAAGACCCCCGAAUCCCACCUGCAGACAUGAAUGGUGGGUUUAAUAUUUGGGCUAUAACCCCUGAAGAGAGAGGGAAACAUGAUAAACAGUUUGACUCUCUCUCUCCCACGCUGGGAUACGUGUCAGGAGAUCAAGCGCGCAAGUUUUUCCUGCAGUCUGGCCUUCCUGCGUCAGUGCUUGCUGAGAUCUGGGCGUUGGCCGACAUGGGCAGGGACGGAAAGAUGGACAGAUUAGAGUUCUCCAUUGCCAUGAAGCUGAUUAAGCUGCAGCUGCAGGGUCAGCCGCUGCCCUCCUCUCUGCCCGUCAUCAUGAAGCAGACGCCCGCCCCUGCGAUGACCUCAUCAGCACGCUUCGGUAUGGGGUCAAUGCCUAACCUGUCGGUCAUGCCAUCGAUGCCAAUGCUCACGCCCAUGCCUCUCGGCUCCUCUGUGACCUCCAUGACCUCCGUGACCUCUAUGACCUCUUUGACCUCUAUGCCAGCUGUGCCCCCCAUGCUGCCCGGAGCACUGCCCAUGCCACUGAUCCCCGACCCCCUCAGCAUGCCAGCUUUACCCAACGGCACUGCUACACUUCUCACACCAACACCAGCUGUCCCUCUCUCUACAGGCCUGAGUAAAUCUCACUCACUCUUGGACCUGGCUUCCAGCAGCUCUAAUUCCUCCUCCACCACCUCCCUGGCGAGUAACUCCCCAAAGACCGGAGCGUCUGAUUGGGCGGUGCCUCAGUCGUCCCGCCUCAAAUACCGCCAGCAGUUCAACAGCCUGGACAAACUGAUGAGCGGAUACCUGUCAGGUCCUCAGGUCAGAAAUGCCCUAACUGCCUCUAACCUUACCCAGACUCAGCUGGCCACCAUAUGGACUUUAGCGGAUGUGGAUCGUGAUGGUCAGUUGCGAGCAGAAGAGUUUAUUCUGGCUAUGCAUCUGGUGGACAUGGCCAAAACUGGCCACCCCUUACCCCUCACCCUUCCUGCUGAUCUAGUGCCACCGUCUUUCAGAACAGGGAAGUCAUGUGACCUGCUGAAUGGCUCCGUUCCUGUUAUCAACACUGACCUCAUUGAACCAGAACUUCCACAGAAGAGCAAGAGUAACGUGUCUUUUGAGGAUAAACUGAAGGAGAAUUUCCAGAGGGGCAACUUGGAGCUAGAGAAACGACGGCUGGCUCUACAGGAGGAGCAGCGGAGGGAGGAGGAACGCAGGAGAGAGGAGGAGAGGAGAGAAGAGGAAAGGAGACGGCAGAAAGAGAGGGAGGAGCAGGAGCGGAGAGAGAGGGAGGCGCGGGAGCUGGCGCUGCGCAGGCAGAGAGAGGAGGAGCAGCGGAUGGAGAGGCAGAGAGAGAUGGAGAGACGGAGGGAAGAGGAGAGACUGAAAGAACUGGAGCGGCAAGAGGCAGCAGAGAGACAGAGACGGAUGGAGUGGGAGAGGGCGAAGCACGCAGAGCUUCAGGCUCAGAGAGAGAGAGAGAAGCGAGACAUCGAGAGACUCACAGCCAGGAAGAGGAGCCUGGAGCUGGAGCUGGAGGCUGUGGGCAACAAGCACAAGCAGAUUUCAGACUGCCUCCGCGAAGCCCAGAGCAAGAGGCGGGUUCAGAGGGCGGAGCUAGAGCUCAUCAAUCAGAAGCGGGACGGUCGCAUCGCCGACAUCAACUCUCUGCAGCUGCAGUUUGAGGAUGUUCAGAGGCAGCUGACUAAUCUGACUCCAGAGAGGCUGAAAAUAGCAGACAGACUGAGAGAACUCACACAGUCCAGCACUACACGCACGGGAGUGAGUGAUUUGAAGCAGAGCAUGUGUGAGAAGGAUCUGAGCUGUAGGAAGCUGAAGGAGCAGCUGGACGCUCUGGAGAGAGAGACGACAGCCAAGCUGUGUGAGAUGGAGUGCUACAACCGGGACAUGAAGGAGCUGAGGGAGAGGCAGCGACAGCAGCAGGCAGUGCUGGAGCAGCUGAGCCGAGUGAAAGCAGAGAAAGUGAAGGAGCUGCAGAGACGACGACAGGAGCAGGAGGAGAGGAGGAGGAGAGAGGAAGAGGAGGCCAGACAGGCUAAGCUGGAGCAGGAGCGACUGCAGAAGGAGGAGGCCGAGAGGAAAAUCGCCCAGGAGAGAGAGAGGAGACGUGCGGAGGAGAGAGAGAAGGAGGAGAGGAGGAGAGCGGAGGAGAGAGAGAAAGAGGAGAGGAGGAGAGUGGAGGAGAGAGAGAAGGAGGAGAGGAGGAGAGCGGAAGAGAGAGAGAGGAUAAGAGAGAGUGAAGGAGGGAAGAAGCCUGACAACAGUGUGAAUACAGAUCUUCACUCACAGCUCUCUGCACUGUUUAACAGCACAGCCAACGGACCCGGUGUGCUGCCUGUUUUAAACGCUCAGGGGAAGCUGAACACCUACAGAGCCCUGUACCCCUUCACUGCCCGCAACGCUGACGAACUCACACUGGAGGCAGACGGCCUCAUAGAGGUGGACGAGUCUACAGUCAGGGAGCCCGGCUGGCUGUAUGGAAGUUACGGAGGAAAGAGUGGCUGGUUUCCAGAGAGCUAUGCAGAGAAGAUUAAUAAAGACAAGACAGAUUCUACAGCAGUUCUCACACACACCACAGCACCCCCUGCUGACUACUCCAGGAUUCCCAGAGUGGAUAUAGAGGGUCCAACACCCACACACACUCCUGCAGCCACACACUCCCAGCAUGCACAGGCCAUAGCUCUCUGUGCAUGGACAGCGAACACUGAGAGUCACCUGGGGUUCUCUAAGGAUGAUGUCAUCAGGGUUCUGGAGCAGCAGGAGAACUGGUGGUAUGGAGAACUUGGGGAAAACAGAGGCUGGUUCCCCAAAACCCACGUCUCCAUGGUGACCACCAACAACUCCCAUACUGAACCAUUGUAUUCCACUGUUGAUGAACUGGACCUUCCUGACUCUGGUCUACUUGAAGAAUAUGUGGCCUUGUACACGUACGAGAGUCCAGAGUCAGGUGACCUGACAUUCCGGGCCGAGGACGUUAUCUUGGUAACGGAGAGAGAGGGGGAGUGGUGGAAAGGCUGCAUCGGCGACCAAUCGGGACUCUUUCCUUCCAACUACGUUAAACCCAAAGACUCAGACACUGCCAAAUCUGGUGCGUCCAGUAAAAAGCCAGAGAUCGCCCAGGUAACAGCAGCUUGCAUCGCAACAACAGCGGAGCAGCUGAGUCUGACCCCUGGUCAGCUGAUCCUGGUUCUUCAUAAAAACUCCUGUGGCUGGUGGCUAGGAGAACUUCAGGCUCGUGGAAAGAAGCGUCAAAAGGGAUGGUUCCACUCCUCAAACAUCAAACUGCUGGAGCCCAGCAGUGGCAAAACCACUCCUGCACCUCCGCCACUGUGUCAGGUCAUCGCCAUGUAUGACUACAAAGCAGCCAGCGAGGACGAGAUGAGCUUUUUGAAGGGUCAGCUGAUUAAUGUCCUCAACAAGGACGACUCUGAUUGGUGGAAAGGAGAGCUCAACGGGGUCACGGGGCUUUUUCCAACCAACUACGUGAAAAUGACCACAGAGUCCGAUCCCAGUCAGCAAUGGUGUGCGGACCUGCUUAGCUUGGACUCCAUGAGCUCAGAGGAGAGGAAGCGGCAGGGCUACAUCCACGAACUCAUUCACACAGAGCAGACCUACCUACAGGACCUGGAGCUGGUGCUGGAGGUGUUCUAUAAGCCGAUGGCUGAGUCAGGCCGGCUGACUGAGGCUGACAUGGCGGUGAUUUUUGUCAACUGGAGGGAACUGAUCAUGUGCAACACCAAGCUGCUCAAAGCUUUGCGUGUGCGUAAGAAGACAGCAGGUGAGAGGAUGCCGGUGCAGGUGAUUGGUGAUAUCCUCUCCUCUGAGCUUGCGCACAUGCAAGCCUACAUCCGCUUCUGCAGCUGCCAGCUCAACGCUGCUGCCCUGCUGCAGCAGAAAACUGACGCAUCGCCCGACUUCAAGCUCUUCUUAAAGAAAAUUGCCACUAAUUACCGCUGUAAAGGAAUGCCACUGUCCAGUUUCCUGCUGAAGCCCAUGCAGAGGAUCACGCGCUAUCCUCUGCUCAUCAGAAACAUUCUGGAGAAUACACCAGCAGGGCAUGUAGACCAGGCUAACCUGCGGGAGGCGCUGGAGAGAGCGGAGGAGCUGUGCUCUCAGGUGAAUGAGGGCGUGAGGGAGAAAGAGAACUCAGACAGGCUGGAGUGGAUCCAGAACCAUGUGCAGUGUGAAGGGGUCAUCGAGCACCUGGUCUUUAACUCUUUAACCAACUGCCUGGGCCCUCGCAAGCUACUGCACAGUGGCCGAGUGUGGAAGACCAAGAGCAGCAAGGAGCUGUGGGCCUUCCUCUUCAACGACUUCCUCCUACUCACCUACACCUCCAAGCAGUUCUCCUCCAGCUCUGAUAAGCUCUUCAGCCCCAAAUCUAACACCAUGUACAAGAUGUACAAAACGCCUGUGUUCUUGAAUGAAGUGCUGGUUAAAAUGCCGUCUGACCCCUCCAGCGAUGACCCGAUCUUUCACAUCUCACACAUCGACCGUGUAUACACGCUGAAAGCUGACAGCAUCAAUGAGAGGACCGCCUGGGUCCAGCGAAUCAAAGCAGCCUCAGAGCUUUUCAUAGAGACGGAGAAGCUGAAGAGAGAGAAGGCGUACCAAGCUCGCUCUCAGAAGACAAGCGGUAUUGGACGAUUGUUGGUAACAGUUCAGGAGGCUGUUGAGCUGAAACCCUGCAAGCCUAACGGUAAGAGUAACCCGUACUGUGAGCUGUCUAUGGGAGCGCAGUGUUACACCUCUCGGCCUCAGAACGACACGCUUAACCCCAAGUGGAACUUCAACUGCCAGUUCUUCAUUAAAGACCUGUACCAAGACGUCCUGUGCAUCACCAUCUUCGAGCGUGACCAAUUCUCUCCUGAUGACUUCCUGGGUCGUACGGAGGUUCCCGUGGCGACCAUAAAGAAGGACCAGGAGGGGAAAGGGCCGCUGACUCGGCGGCUGCUGCUCCACGAGGUUCCCACAGGAGAGGUCAGAGUUCGCCUCGACCUGCAGCUUUACGAGCAGAUGCCCCUCCUCUGACCACUAACCUUCUAUUCCUCAGGCCUGACACUUUGAUUUCACGCAGUUGAAACUCUUCUCAGACAGUCAUUUCUAGAAAUCCAUGAAUUACUGCGACCAAGCUUCAGAAUGAGUCCAGUUUCACUAGAGGGCGCCAAAGAUUAUAUGUUAGCAAAUCUGCCCGAGGCUUCUGAACAAGCUUUUCCAGACUGCUGAAU